AAAAUUAUCCGAAAAUGUUUUGAAUAAGAUCUGCGAUGUACUUCCAGAACUCAUUGGUGGCUCUGCAGAUCUUAACAGAUAUGGGGUUCGUGAACAUGCUAUGUCUGCUGCUGUGAAUGGUCUUGCUGCCUACGGUGGUAUAAUUCCAUUCGGGGGUUCAUUAUUGAACUUUAUUAGCUAUGGUUUGGGUGCUGUUCGUUUAUCAGCACUUUCAGGACUUCAUGUAAUUUAUAUAAUGACUCAUGAUUCCAUCGGUUUGG